CAGAAGAACACACAAGCUUGUGUGACGGUGACAGUAAACUAAUCUUUCACCUGAGGUCAUCUAGAACAAAAUGGGGGACAUGCAGGAGGUUGACCCACAUACCCCAGCACUGGGCAGACGAUCGGCUAGAUCUGGCGGGAAAACAAACGGCGCCUCGGCCGUGGAGUCGGACAUGUUGACGGAAGGUAUCCAUGGUUACGAGCAGAUCACCCAGAGCGCCAUCUCCCGGCUGGCGCGUCACGUGUUCUCCACGGUGCUCGUGCCACUGGCCAUCAUGGCGGCCGUGCCCAACGUCGUCGUGCUCAUGUGGUACACCGUCAUGCACUGCGGCGGCAGCUACAACCGGAUGUUGGCCGUCUUCACCGACAGGUCUCUGCUGCACGGACUCGGCGUCAUGUGGAGCCGAACCUCGUACCCUUCAGCCCCGAUCGUCUGGAUCCUGGUCGCGUACGGCAUCUACGCCUUGGCUAUGAUGAAAGUCUUACCUGGCAAGUACGUCACGGGACCGGUCACGCCUAAAGGGAAUGUACCUGUGUACAAGGAUAACGGCUUCACCUACUUCGUCCUGACAAUAGCUUUGUUCUGGCUCUUGACUCUACUUCUACACCCUUUUGGUAUUUCACCGUCUAUUUUAUACGACAAGUUUGAUGAAGUUCUUUUUGCAUUGAAUGCAUUUAGUCCAAUCUUCUGUGUUUUUCUCUACUUGAAAGGAAAAUUUGCUCCAUCUUCAACAGACUCAGGAUCAUCAGGUAACGUCAUCUUUGAUUACUACUGGGGUAUGGAGCUGUACCCAAGAGUGUUUGGGUUUGAUAUCAAAGUGUUCACCAACUGCAGGUUCGGCAUGAUGUCGUGGGCCCUGAUGGUCUGUGUUCACGCCGUCAAGAGCUACGAGCUCCACGGGUUUGUCGACUCCAUGUUCGUGUCGGCCGUCCUGCAGCUGCUCUACAUCACCAAGUUCUUCUGGUGGGAGUCUGGGUACCUGCGCACCAUCGACAUCAUGGUCGACCGCGCUGGGUUCUACAUCUGCUGGGGGUGCCUGGUCUUCCUGCCCGGAUUCUACGCGGCCGUGACGUCAUACUUGGUCAGCCACCCAGUGAACCUUGGCCCGGGGGUCGCAGCUGGGAUUUUGUUCAGCGGGGCCGCAAGUAUCUACAUCAACUACGCUGCGGACGCCCAAAAACAAAAAGCCCGGGGCGCUAACGGCAACUGCACCAUCUGGGGACGCCGUGCGGAGAUCGUCCACGCCAGGUACCGCCUGGAGAACGGCGACGUCAAAGAAAACAUCCUGUUGGCGUCCGGCUGGUGGGGUCUGUCGCGUCACUUCCACUACAUCCCUGAGAUCCUGCUGGCGUUUUUCUGGUCGGUACCGGCCCUGUUUGACCACCUGCUGCCGUACACCUACGUCAUCUACCUGACGGUGCUGCUCAUACAGCGGAGCUACCGGGACGAGAUUAAGUGCGGACUGAAGUACGGAGAUUUCUGGCACCAAUACUGCCGGAAGGUACCGCACAAGAUUGUGCCGUUCAUAUUUUAAUCCCCGGUGUGAAAACUACCUCAACUGUGUGUCAUGUUUAACUCGUUUGAAUCUGAAGGUGUAACUCUUGUUUUAAUAUCUGAUGAAUUAAAAUUG